AUGGAAAGAUGGCGUCUGCGACUGAUGCCUUACCAGUUCAUACUGGAAUACAGACCAGGUAAAGACGAGCUUAACCCUGCUGAUUUCAUGAGUAGGCAUCCUCAUGAAAAGCCAAAAAGAGAUAAUGCUGCUGAGGCAUAUGUUGCUUUUGUAAGCCAGCAUGCCGUUCCAAAAUCGAUGUCUCUGGAUGAAGUGCGUGAGUCCACAAGAGGUAGCAGAAUCUUACAGAAUGUUAUGAUUGCGAUCCAGACAGGCAGAUGGUCGAGUGACCCAGAUCUCAUUAAGUUUGUACGUUUCAGGCAUGAGUACUCUAUCUAUGAUGGUGUAAUGCUCAGAGACCAUUGUCUGGUUAUCGCAGAAUCUUUGCAUAACAGGGUGGUUGAUAUAGCUCACCAAACUCAUCAGGGUAAUGUCAAAACAAAACAACUGAUCAGGGAAAAGUUUUGGUUCCCUGGCAUUGAUAAAAUGGUGGAGGAGGCAGUAAGGGCGUGUAUUCAGUGUCAAGCGUCAAAUCCCGGUUCUAACAAACGGGAACCCAUUUGUCCAACCCCUCUCCCUCCCGGGCCAUGGUCUCAAAUAAGCCUAGAUUUCGCUGGACCUUUCCCAUCGGGACAAUGCCUUCUUGUUGCAAUGGAUGAAUAUUCUCGUUUCCCAGAGGUAGAGAUUAUCUUUUCUACUUUUGUGAAUACUGUUAUUCCCCGUCUUAGGUCUAUCUUUGCUCGCCAUGGAUACCCUACUGUGGUCAAAACAGAUAACGGUCCCCCGUUUCAGGGUCGAGACUUUGUUGAUUUUGCUGAAAUCUGUGGUUACAAGCACAGGCGAAUAACUCCUUUAUGGCCUGAAGCCAAUGGAUGUGUCGAAAGGUUCAUGGGUACUUUGAACAUGUUUAUCAGAGCAUCUGUUGCAGGCAACCGUGAUAGGAAAGCUGAACUUCAUAUGUACUACAGAUGUACUGAUGUACUACAGAGCUACACCUCAUUCCCCAGCUCAGGUUUCUCCAUUUGA